GGACAGAACAAUGACACCGCUAGUAGGUCCUGUGUUAUUUUUUUCAGUUGUUUGUCUUAGCUCCGUUUUUGGCCAGAUCACCUACUCGAUUCCCGAGGAAAUGGCGAAAGGGUCGUUGGUGGGUAACGUAGCACAAGAUUUAGGUAUAGAUGUGAAACGGCUCAAAUCAGGCAAAGCUCGUGUAUAUUCAGGAGAAGGCAGAGAAUACAUCGAGCUGAAUAAAGAAAGAGGAGUCCUUGUUAUCAAAGAGCGGAUAGACAGAGAAGCGCUCUGCGGACAGACGACGCCCUGCGCUCUUGAAUUUCAAGUCAUUUUGGAGAAUCCUAUGCAAUUUUACAGCAUCACGGUCGAGAUCACUGACAUUAAUGACAACACUCCUGGUUUUAAAAGCAGUGAAAUGAAAUUUGAUGUAAGCGAGAUUGCUCAAAUUGGGUCAAAAUUUGUUUUAGAAAAAGCUGUUGACGACGAUGUGGGCAUCAAUGGACUGCAGAGCUAUUCUCUGAGUUCAAGUGAUGCAUUCACUUUGAAUCCUUAUCGUAUAGGUAGCAGUAGAAAUGUUGAAAUGGUUUUGAAAAAGGCUCUUGACCGGGAGAAACAGAACCGAGUGUCUUUAGUGCUGACUGCGUUAGAUGGUGGCACCCCGCAGCUUUCUGGUACGAUUCAAAUUGUCGUAACUGUACUGGACGCAAACGAUAAUUCACCCGUGUGCUCGCAAACUGAGUAUAAGGCUAAUGUAAAAGAAAAUUCAUUGAAGGGUGCUGUACUAACAACAGUGAGCGCAUCCGAUGCAGAUGAAGGCUCACAUGGUCGCAUACGAUAUUCUAUUUCUAAUGCUCCAAAGGGGGCAUUAGAGUUGUUCGAAAUAGACGAAAAAGAUGGAGUGUUUAAAUUAGUGGGGAAAUUGGAUUAUGAGAAAUUUCGACAUUAUGAUAUAGAUGUUCAAGCAUCAGAUGAGGGUGGUAAUGCAGAUGUAUGUAAAGUUGUUAUAGAGGUGCUAGACACAAAUGAUAAUCCACCAGCUAUUAAUAUUAUGUCAACGUCAUCCAGUAUAUUUGAAGACGUUAAACCAGGCACUGUUCUGACGAUGAUGAACGUCCAGGAUCCAGAUUCAAAUGAAAAUGGAAAAGUCCACUGCAUUAUAGAUGAUCAUGUUCAUUUUAAAAUCCGGCCAACAUCAAAUAAUGUCUUUACUUUAGUAACAGAAGGUGAAUUAGACAGAGAGAGCGCCUCCGAAUAUAAUAUCACAGUGACCUGCUCUGAUGAGGGAGUGCCCUCCCUCUCCAGCAGCGUCACUCUCACCUUACAGAUCUCAGAUGUGAAUGACAACGCACCUGUCUUUGAGAGGAGCUCAUAUGAGGCCUACAUUGUAGAAAACAACACACCAGGACUCUCUAUAUUCACAGUGAAAGCCAGAGACGCUGACUGGAACCAGAAUGCCCGUGUUUCUUACAUACUGGAGGACUCCUCUGUUAACGGAGUGCCAGUCUCCUCAUAUGUGUCUGUUAGUGCUGAUAGUGGAGUCAUCCACGCAGUGCGCUCUUUUGACUAUGAGCAGAUCAAAGAUUUCAAGUUCCAUGUUAAAGCUCAGGAUGGUGGCUCUCUUCCACUUAGUAGCAACGUAACAGUGAAAAUAAUGAUCCAGGACCAGAACGACAACCCUCCUCAGGUUCUGUAUCCAGUCCAGACUGGUGGCUCUCUGGUGGCUGAGAUGGUUCCUCGUUCAGCAGAUGUGGGCUAUCUGGUGACUAAAGUGGUGGCUGUUGAUGUGGACUCUGGACAGAAUGCCUGGCUCUCCUAUAAACUACAGAAAGCCUCAGACAGGGCGCUGUUUGAAGUGGGUUUACAGAAUGGAGAAAUCAGAACUAUCCGCCAAGUGACUGAUAAAGAUGCUGUGAAACAAAGACUGACUGUUAUAGUGGAGGACAAUGGGCAGCCCUCUCGUUCAGCUACAGUCAUUCUUAACGUGGCGGUGGCGGACAGCUUUCCUGAAGUGCUGUCGGAGUUCACUGACUUUCCACACGACAAGGAGUACAAUAACAACUUGACUUUUUACUUAGUGUUGGCUCUGGCUGUAGUUUCCUUCCUCUUCAUCACGUGUUUAGUCGUUAUCAUAUCAGUGAAGAUCUACAGGUGGAGACAAUCUCGCAUCCUGUAUCACUCCAACCUCCCUGUGAUUCCAUAUUAUCCACCACGUUACUCAGACACUUUGGGGACAGGGACACUCCAACAUGUGUACAAUUACGAGGUGUGCAGGACGACUGACUCCAGAAAGAGUGACUGUAAGUUUGGCAGAGCUGGUAGUCAGAACGUGUUGAUAAUGGACCCCAGUUCGACAGGGACGAUGCAGCGGAUACAGAAUGAGAAGAGCAUCCUGGAUGAACCAGACUCUCCUCUCGAGGUAAAGGCAUAUCCACAUUUUGUAUACCUUACAGUGAAAGUGUUCACUACAGUUGAACAAGAAUGUUACAGGGAAAAAAACGCCAUGUCUAUGUUCACUUUUUAUUCAUUUUUAUAA